AUGACCGAAUCGGCGUCACACUCCCCUACGAGCCAGUCGCCGACCGAUCACCCUGCCGCUGGCCCCUCUCAGCCCUCUAGCACUGAGGCUGCUCUGACGCCCCCAGUCUCGGCCUUUUCCAGCUCAAGUGGAGACGACCCUCCUCAGCGAACUGCAAGAAAUGUUCGCUCCAGUGAUCUCCCACGUUCAAAUCGUUCUCUGCCUGGCCCCAGUUCCAUCCAUCGUCGUGAAUUUGCCGCCAAAGCCCCUGGAACAACGCAUGCAGGCUCAGGCGAGAGCGUCACCAGCUCGCGCUCCAGCUCCCACCCUGUCAGUGGCAGCGGCAGUGGUAGUGGCAGUGGCAGUGGCAGCGCGACCCCCAACUUGGACUCACGCGGCCACCAAUCAAAUGAACCGAGUGAUGACGAUGACGAAUUCGGUCCUUCGCAUAUGUCCAAUUUGAUCCAAGGCUUUGCAGGGAUGGUCAUCACCUUGCCAAGUCUGCUCGUCGAAACCUUGACCAACGCCACUUCGGCUUCGUUCGACGCCGCUCCGACCGUCGUUCAAGCUGCGUCCCAGACGACCGUGCAGAAGCUCGCCGAAUCGAGUAUGAGUGCGGUGCGUGAGGGUGUGGAUACGGCGAUGAACACUGCCUCGAACGUCAAGGACCAAACCGUUGGUGCCGUCGAGGAGGCCACCAACUCAGCUACGACGAGAACGACGCUUGGACAUAGAUUGAGCGAUUGGUUCAACUGGUCUUCUCCCAAGGUGAAUGAACAAGAUGCGACGGCCAUGAUGGAUGAGUCCGAAACCCUCAGGGCUCAACUCGAGCAGGAGAUCGAUCGUUCUUUCUCGGGCUCAAAGGAUGAAAAGAUCUCGGUGCCUCAAACAAAGGUGAGAAGGUGUACCGCUUCUUACACUAUCAUGCGCUCAAAUGAGGGGGGCCAAUGCCACAGACGCCAAGCAAUGUCGGUUCUAAUGACGAAGGGGGUGAUGCGCAACCCGCAAGGAGCAAGUCUUCCAACCUCGACGGUCGUGAUUCUUCGUCGCGCGGCGAGAGAUCAGACAGGAAGGGCCGCAGUACGGACGUGGUAGAGGACUCUACUCUGUCGGGAGAAUCAGUCAAGCCGAUUGAGGCCGCGCACGCAGAUGAGGUUCGCCGUCCGUCUCCGCAACAUGCCCAACGCGCACAAGGGUCGAAGCAUGCAUCGGAGAAGUCUGGUUCGGGUGAGGUUUCUCGCAAGGCAAAAGGUCGAGAUGAACAGGUACGACGUAGUCGUUGACUUUUGGCAUAUCAGCUACUGACCAGAGAAUAAUUCAUCACAUGCGGUCAACAAAAAGCGCCAUCGCGGAGACGGCCACCGCUCGUCGCCAACCCAAGCUCGCAGUGCAGGUCAGCUAGGAGACGCGAAACCCUUGCAAGACUUUGACCAAAUUGCCAACGUUCAGUCCCAGGUAGGUAUUAGGUAUUUAUGUUUCACCCUACACCAAACUUAUUACACGUCAUUCGUGAUUCUUGGGAGACACAGGACGAUGCCAGCUCGAUCCCGGCCUCGACGCAACACUCACAUGCGGCGCGCUCUACACUCGAUAAGAUUGCUCGCCCACAAGAAGUACAACACAACGCCCAAGGGAAUUUUGUUCAGCCUGAUCAACAAUCAGGUGGACUCUCUCCUUCGAGGUCGGUUGCUCCUGCGCUUCCCGAACAUCUCCAAUCGUCUGUCGGGUACAAACCCCAUCACGAACCUUAUCACGAGCGUGAGGAACAAUCGACGCCGGCUAGGAGCUCCUUUGAUGAUCUCAGGGUGGGUUGCAGUCCUCUCCGAGCCGAAUGGUGGCGUUCCGAUGAUGAGCUUCUGAACCUCACAGGACCGUUUCGCAAAGUUUCCUACGACCGAGGCUUCGGAACAGGAGUCUACGGGAGUCAGCCUCGCGCUCGUCCAGCAGCCGCAGCAAACUUUGGUUGUAAGCAGACUUAUUCUGGAGAUGGGUGUUAUCAAUACUCCUUUGACUUCAAUUCUGGAUUACAGCAUCGCCACCCACCUCCUGCUAUCCCAUCUGCGCUCCCUGGACCCGCUGGCUCUGUCGAUUUGGCCGCGGAUCACAAGCAAUUCGAGCAAGCGGCCCCCGUCGAUCUCGCCCGCUCCGAAUCACGCGGAACUUCGAGCACGGCGGAGCAUGAAGGCGAGUGA